AUGAACAAUUCAAUAGAUUAAGAUCAAUUAUAUGCUAAAAAUGUCAUGUACAAAAACUAUGGCACAUACAAAGAUAACUAAAAUAAAAGAAGAUGAUUUUCUUGAGUGCUUCCUCUAUCCAAAAGUUUGUUAUACACAACCUUCGGAGACAAUAACAGAAGAGAUACUUCUUCAAGAAAUUUCAAAAUUCAAUGAAGAGAUUGCAUCGUUUGUUGAAGGUUAUAUUUGGCAUAGUGACAGGUUAAUAUUGCGUCCUAGAACAAAGCAAGUAUUACUAUUAAAAAAGUUGAUGGAAAAUUUGUCAACUGUUGAAGAAUCUGAUAUAUUACCUCAUAUUUACAUAUCAUUGCACUUUGAUGAAGACAUAAGCGAUGAAUGGUUUUUAGUAUUUUUAAUAUUUAAACUCACACAGACUUUUGAUGGGUUAAUUGCUAAGUUAAUAGAUUCUGAUGGUGAAUUUUUAUUAAUUGAAACUGCAAAUGUUUUACCAUCGUGGGUUAAUCCCGAAACAUGUGAAAAUUGUGUAUUCGUGUACAAUGGAGAGUUACAUGUAGUUCGUGAAAAGUAUGAAACAUUAUUUGAUUUAUUAAAUAAUAUACACCAAAAGUCAUACCUAUCUAAAGCUUCUGAGAAAGUGCAAAAUACUGUUAAAAAACGAAUUGGUUGUUAUCCAAAUGAGAUUAAAAAGAGGCAUCACAAAGCUAGAGUCUUUUUACCAGAGAAAGCAGUUUCAAUACUUCAACAAGAACCAAGGCUUGUCGCAUCAGCCAUUAGGACAAUUUGUCAUUCUGAUCCACUUGAGAGAAAAGUUUGUCGUGCAAUGAGAUACUUUCCUCCUGAACAGCGAAUUAUGGUUAAUGUAAAAAUGACUAAAUGUUUAUAUGCGAUGGCAAUGCAUUGUAGAUAUACAGGAGAUCCAAGAACAGGCUGGAAUAUACCACCAACCACCUGUUCAAAGUAUAAUGCACAUAUUCUUGGUGUUAAGAUAGCAUGUGGUUUAGAGAUGUUAGUAGCUCGUGCACAUGAAGAACGUAGACAUAUACUAAAUGCCUCUGAAAAAUCGAACGUCAGUGAAUAUGCUCUGAAUGCAUAUCUAGCACGUUUAGAAGCUAGUGGUUAUUUUAAAAAUCUACUAAAAGGUAGUCAAGAGUACCAAAAGCUGCUAAAUAUAGCAACAGAUUAUUACUUACAACAUUUUCAUUCAUUUAAUUGUGCUACAAAUACCAUUAAAAGUGAUGCAGAAGAAGUUUUAGAAGCAUGGGACAGCAUACAGUCUAAUGAUGUUGAACUGCAUGCACAAGAUGAAGCAGCAUUAAGUCCUCCAGAUAACGAUAGUUGGUUGAAUAUAGAUCCAGUGCUAUUAGAAACACUUCUAAGUGAGCAAUGGGGAAAUGUUAAGAACAAAAAACAAAGGCAAGAAUUAUUAAGUCUCAGAGAGAAAGUACAAUCGUUCUUGAAUCAUACUAGCGAUAUUGAUGGUGUACAACUUUUAGAAGAACAUUCUAUGGAAGCUGAUAUAAUGCAUGAUUCGGAAGAUAAUGGAAAAAUUGAAUUUGAUGCAGAUAUAUUUGAUUGUACGCUACAAGGUAUAUUAGAUCUAGUUGUUCCAGGAAGUGAAGGAGAAUUUGAAGGAAGCUCAGAGGGAUCUUUAGGUGAAGAUGACGAGGAUAAAGGUGGUGAAAUGGAUAAAUAUAUGCGUCUAUUAAAUUCGGAAUUGCAAUCUGAAAUGAUGAAAGAUGAAAGAUUCGAGUCGAAUACAAAUGCCGAUAGAAUAGAAGAAAAUUUAAUGAAAAGUAUCGAAGAAGAAGCAGGUGGUGCGGGACCAGCUGGAAAUAUAAUUGGUGGGCCUGUUCGACGGUUUAUGCAUUUACAGUUACAAUCACCUACCACAGUACCACCUGAUUUAGAAAGUUAAUAGCAUUGAUCAUACAAUACAUUAAUAAGUGUUAAUCUAUUAAAAUUUUCUUUGUUGGUAAUUUGACAUAAAUUACAACUA